GUAGUCAGAGACAUUUUUUCCCCUUUUUUCGAUUCUAAAAAUCGUUUCGUUUUGUGUAGAACGAACGAACAAAGCUCACAGCAAAGAAAGAGAACCAAGAAGAAGAUGUUGAGGGUUGCAUCUAAGAAGCUUUCUUCUCUCUCCGCAUCUCCCUCAUGGAGGUCUUAUCACGCCGCCUCCUCUUUUCUCUCUAAGAACCCCAUCCCACCGCCUUCUUCCACCUCCGAUCAACGCAGAUCUGACCCCUUUUCGAUCCACCCUGAAUUCUUUCUUCCUUUCAGAGGUUUUGCAACUGAGUCACUGAUCCACACAAAAGAAAACAGCAUUAUUCCUGAAAUUCCCGCAACUGUUUCAGCUGUUAAAAAUCCUUCUUCGAAGAUUGUAUAUGAUGAAUACAACCAUGAACGGUUUCCUCCUGGUGACCCAAGCAAGAGGGCAUUUGCAUACUUUGUCCUAACAGGUGGAAGGUUUGCUUAUGCCUCUCUGAUCCGUUUACUUGUCCUCAAGUUUGUGCUCAGCAUGUCCGCAAGUAAGGAUGUUCUUGCUAUGGCUUCACUUGAAGUUGAUCUGUCCAGCAUUGAGCCAGGCACUACUGUCACUGUUAAGUGGCGUGGAAAGCCAGUAUUCAUCAGGCGCAGAACAGAUGACGAUGUGAAGUUGGCAAACAGUGUUGAUGUUGGAUCUCUUCGUGACCCUCAGCAAGAUUCUGAAAGAGUCAAGAACCCGGAAUGGCUCGUUGUGGUUGGUGUUUGCACACAUCUGGGUUGCAUUCCCUUGCCAAAUGCUGGAGACUUUGGCGGAUGGUUUUGCCCAUGUCAUGGAUCUCAUUAUGAUAUUUCUGGCAGAAUUAGGAAGGGACCUGCACCAUACAAUCUGGAGGUACCAACUUAUUCAUUCUUGGAGGAAAACAAGUUGUUGAUCGGUUAAAGACCUUGGGCUGCUCACUAGUGGAAUGAGUCCAAAAUAUUUUUGAUUAUUUGGAUAAUGUCGAAAUGCGCCAUGGACAUACUUGGCCUGAGAAUCUUUAUUAUUUGUUAUGUUUUAGCAAGUGUUUAUGUAUCUCCGAAUUUCAAGUAUGUUUGGCGAGACUUGUAUCAAUAAUUGCCUGACUUUUUUUGUUUACAAUUUACAAAUGAAUUGUUUAAAAGCUGAUGACUUCAGGCACAUUGCAUUGUACUUUAAAUUAUCAUAUCAUAAAUUACAUUUGGAAA